ACAUCGUUGUAUAAAUAUAGAAAGACGGACUAUGAAUUCUUUAGUUGCAUACUCUUGAAUAAGACGGAUUAAGAUGUGUGGUAGAAUGAGUGGACUACUGAAAGUUAGUUCAAUUUUUUUGGUUUGUCUGUGUUUCUACAGUGAGGCUAGUCCGGCAUUGACUGAAGCACAAAUUGAGCAAGUUGGGAAAGCCAUGGCUAAUAUGUGCAUGUCUUCAUCGGGAGUUCAAAGAAGUCUAAUAACGAAGGCAAUGAACGGAGAAAUUGAAGAUGACCGUAAAUUGAAAUGCUUCUUUGGAUGCAUUAUGGAAGCAGUUCAAGUGACCAAAAAUGGUAGAAUGCAGCCAGACAUACUGAAAAGGAGAGCUAACGCCAUGCUGCCAAAAUCAAUGAGAGAAAUGAUUCUACCCACCAUCGACUCAUGCAGUCAUCAUGAACAUGAGGAUAAAUGCGAGUUGGCCUAUUCCAUUGUGAAGUGCCAUUUUGAAGUCAACGGUAAAAACCCAUUCUUUUUCAACUUCUAACCAAGACUACGGAUUCUCAACAGCGUUCAAAAAAUAUGACUCUUUGACAAAGGUACACUAGCCUGGAAGUAAAUUUUUCUUACAAAAAUAUAAAUACCAAUAUGUGAAAAAAUAUGUAUAUCAUCCAGAAAUUAUAUUCAUCUGUGUCAAUAUUAUUUUUCGCACAGAGACUCAUAUUUAUUUGUAGAGUAAUAAUAAUAAUUUAUGUAUUCUAUCAUUAUCAUUAUAAUUUGUUCACAUGAUUCAUGGGAUGCUUCUAUUUAUCUGUAACUUAUAUAAUGUACUUUAUUUAAAUAUUUAUUAUGUGAAAAAUCUUGAAUAAAUGACUGUGAAAUGCUA